UACUAUGAGUCUGUGGCUAGCUACAGAGUCCAUACUCCAUAGUAAUGAGCAGGUAGAUAAAGCAUUGUAAUUGUCACCACCUAUCUUCUUCUUAUAUAAUUAUUAUAAUUAUAUCAUGACCCGCUUUCCAGUUAAGAUUUGAAAGCUAGGGUUUUUCAUUUCUGUUCUCCCUGCUUACUUAAACCCUGACUAAAAAAGCAAAUACACAAACCCAAAAUACAGAAAUGUCAGUAUUUUCUAAUCUAUUAAAUCAAACCCAAAGCAAGAAACUAUUCAAUUCAUCAUUUCAUCUACACAGAUGUAUUUCAUUCUCAUCUCUGUCUACAGCUACAACAAUACCAUCGUCACUAGACGUAAAUCUUUCACAUCCUAUUUACAUGAUAUGGGGUUCAAAUACUGGUGUUGGUAAAACCCUAGUUUCAACAGGUUUAGCUACUUCAAUCUUAUCAUCAUCAUGUUCAGAAAAACAAGUUAAAUUCAAUUACAUUAAACCAGUUCAAACAGGUUUUCCGUUAGACUCAGAUUCUCGUUUCGUUUAUCGUAAAAUUUCAGAGUUUUUUGUUAAUCGAAAACCCGAGUUUAGUUUAUUAGCUUCUAAUCAAGGUUUGAAAGCUUCGGUUCCUGCGUGGAAAGAAAUCUCCGGUGUUGAUUUGGAGAAUGAGGGUGUGGAGAAUAGUGGUGGAUUAAAAGAUUUAUGUUGGUUUGAAGAGAGAAGAAUUGAAGGGAUUGAGAAGGAUGGUUUGGGGGCUCAAUUGGUUUGUAAGACUAUCUGUGGUUGGAAAGAGGCGAUUUCUCCUCAUCUUGCUGUGCAAAGAGAAGGUGGGGAUGUGGAAGAUUCAUGGUUGCUGGAUUCUUUGCAGAAGAAUCUGGUUGAUGGUGGUAAUGAUGAUGAUGGGAAAAGGUUUUGGACUAUAGUUGAAACUGCUGGGGGUGUUGCAAGUCCAGGUCCUUCGGGUUCUCUACAAUGCGAUUUAUAUAGGCCUUUCAGGUUACCUGCUAUUCUUGUUGGGGAUGGACGUUUAGGUGGUAUUUCUGGAACAAUUUCCGCCUAUGAGAGCUUGAAACUCAGAGGUUAUGAUGUUGCUGCCAUCAUUAUUGAAGAUCAUGGUCUACUAAACGAGGAGUCAUUGAUAUCUUAUCUACGAAAUAGUGUUCCUGUGCUUGUGCUGCCAUCUGUUCCACGAGAUCAGUCGAAUAACCUCAUGGAAUGGUUUGAUGAAUCACAAAAUGUAUUCAAGUCACUCUCAGAGAUAAUGCAAUCUUCUUACUCAGAAAGGUUAAGGAGAUUACAAAACAUGCCAAAGAAGGCGCAAAACAUUUUCUGGUGGCCAUUUACUCAGCACGGACUUGUUCCUGAAGAAAAUGUUACAGUAAUAGAUUCACGUUGUGGAGAGAAUUUUGCGGUCCAUAAGGCUAAGAAUCAUGAUCUUAUUACUCAACAAUUUGACGCAUGUGCUAGUUGGUGGACUCAAGGACCGGAUGCCACUUUACAGGUUGAGCUUGCAAGAGAUAUGGGUUACUCUGCUGCUAGAUUUGGACAUGUAAUGUUUCCUGAGAAUGUCUAUGAGCCAGCUCUGCGGUGCGCAGAGCUUUUGCUUGAAGGUGUUGGUAGAGGUUGGGCUUCUCGAACGUUCUUCUCUGAUAAUGGAUCCACUGCAAUUGAAAUUGCUCUCAAAAUGGCGUUUCGAAAGUUUUCAUCAGAUCAUGGUAUCCUUUUGGAUUUGUGCAAUGGUAACAUGGUUGAAAAGCAUAUAGAGUUCAAGGUCUUAGCCCUUAAUGGAUCUUAUCAUGGUGAUACAUUGGGUGCCAUGGAAGCACAGGCCCCAUCAUCAUAUACAGGAUUUCUCCAGCAACCAUGGUACAGAGGAAGGGGAGUUUUUCUGGACCCUCCAACAGUAUUUAUUCACAGCAGGACCUGGAAUUUAUCUUUACCUAAAUCACUGCAGUUUGACAAACGUAAACCUGUAAACAUGACCUUCAGCUCGCAAAGUGAGCUGUUCUGUGGGACACGGGAUGUUUCAGAUCUUGGUAGAAGUUAUUCAGCAUAUAUUUCCGAACAACUAUCACAGCUUUUAGAAUCUGGAAGUUCUGCGCAUAUUGGAGCUCUAAUACUUGAGCCAGUUAUACAUGCUGCUGGUGGAAUGCAUAUGAUUGAUCCACUUUUUCAAAGAAUCCUUGUUAAUGAGUGUCAAAGUCGACGUAUCCCUGUUAUCUUUGACGAGGUUUUUACUGGUUUUUGGCGCCUUGGAAUCGAGUCGGCAGCAGGAUUACUUGGUUGUUUACCAGAUAUAGCAUGCUAUGGGAAGCUGAUGACUGGUGGGAUGAUACCAUUAGCUGCUAUAUUGGCCUCGGAUGCUGUAUUCAAUGCAUUUAAAGGGGACUCUAAGUUAAUGGCCCUUUUGCAUGGGCACUCUUACUCUGCACAUGCUAUGGGUUGCACAGCAGCUGUCAAAGCAAUUCAAUGGUUCAAGGAUCCUUUGACAAACCUCAAUAUUACCAGUGAAGGAAGGCAGAUGAGAGAGUUAUGGGAUGCCGAGAUUGCGAGCCAGAUAUCAUCACAUCCUGGGGUAAAAAGAGUGGUAAUGUUGGGAACUCUUUUCGCCCUAGAACUCGAAGCACAAGGCAGUGAUGUUGGGUAUGCUUCAAUGUAUGCCAUUUCUCUUCUGCGCAGCCUCCGUGAAGAUGGCAUCUACAUGAGGCCUCUAGGCAAUGUUAUUUAUCUAAUGUGUGGACCAUGCACAUCUCCUCGUAUCUGCGCCGAACUGCUCAACAAACUUUAUAGAGGUUUGCAGGAGUUCGACCAAACUAAGAAGGAAAGAAUGCAAUAUUUCUGCUGAUUGCAAACCUUGAAGAUUUAUGUCGCGAUAAUUAAUGUAACAAGUUAAAAUGUAAUUUUUUCCAGGAUCAGACAUGUAGCUCAACAAUGUAAUAUUCAUUCAUUCAUUUUGCAUUCUAGUUCAUUCAUCUCCUAGCAAGUAUUUUUAUUUUUGAUUCAAAAGAGAAUUUACUGAUCAGGCAUUUAAAUUACAAGUAGUGAUAUCCCCUUGUACCCAUGCAUUAAUGUCAGGUGGGAAAUCAUCACAAUACUCAAAGUUUAUGCCUCUGCAGCUUUCUUAGCUAUUAAG